CGGGGCCCCGGGCGCGGCUCUGGCGGCCGUUGCCUCGGCCUGAGAUGGCCUCGGAGCUGGCCCUGAGCGGGGCCGCGCUGCCCACCAGCCCGCUGGCCAUCGAGUACGUCAACGACUUCGACCUGAUGAAGUUCGAGGUGAAGAAGGAGCCGGCCGAGGCGGAGCGCUUCUGCCACCGCCUCCCGCCGCCGGGCUCGCUCUCCUCCACGCCGCUCAGCACCCCCUGCUCCUCCGUGCCCUCCUCGCCCAGCUUCUGCGCGCCCAGCCCCGGCGGCGGCGGCGGACAGCCCGGCCAGGGCCUCCUCGGAGCCCCGACGGCCGGCGGAGGAGGAGGAGCAGGUGGAGGAGGAGGAGGAGGAGGCCACCUGGCGCAGGGCAAAGCGGCGGCCCAGCUGGAGGAUCUCUACUGGAUGUCGAGCUACCAGCACCACCUCAACCCCGAGGCGCUCAACCUGACCCCCGAGGACGCCGUCGAGGCGCUGAUCGGAGCGCCCCAUCACCACCACCACGGGCACCACGGCGGGCCAGGAGGAGGAGGAGGAGGAGCCCCCGGCGGCGGCAGCAGCAGCAGCUUCGACGGCUUCCGUGGGCAGCCCUUCCCGGGCGAGGAGCUGGCUCCGGGCGCCCCCGGUCCUCACCCUUCCCUGGGCCACCACCAUCACCACCACCAUCACCACCACGGGCCGGGGGCCCCCGGCGGGGGCGGCCACCACCACGGCCACGGGCACCACCACGGCCACGGCCACGGGCACCACCACGGGCACCCGGGGCACCUGCACGCGCGGCUGGAGGAGCGCUUCUCCGACGAGCAGCUGGUCUCCAUGUCGGUGCGCGAGCUGAACCGGCAGCUGCGCGGCUUCAGCAAGGAGGAGGUGAUCCGGCUGAAGCAGAAGCGGCGCACCUUGAAGAACCGCGGCUACGCCCAGUCCUGCCGCUACAAGCGCGUCCAGCAGCGGCACAUCCUGGAGAACGAGAAGUGCCAACUGCAAGGCCAGGUGGAGCAGCUCAAGCUGGAGGUGGCGCGCCUGGCCAAGGAGCGCGACCUCUACAAGGAGAAGUACGAGAAGCUGGCCGGGCGCGCCUUCCCCGCCGCCGCCGGCCCCCCCAACGGGGUCCGGGAGCCCCCGCCGCCCCCGCCGCCGCCCCCCGGCCCCGCCAA